AUGCGCAUUGAAUCCCAGUCGGGCGUCUACCAGAGUCGAGGCUGCCUGGCCCUCCUCCAUGACAUCAUAGAAACUGGGGAGGAGCGCGCGCUCCACCGCCUCUGCUCGGUAGAUCCCAGCCCACCCCCAGGGCCCCGGGCCCAGCAGCGACCCUCCGCUCACCGAGGCCCUCGAGGACCAGAACGGGGGGUAAAGGCCGUCCCGAGGCCCCUGCAGUCCACCUACCCCAGGCCCGGCCGCCUGCAGCGCUACCUGUGCAGCGGGGAGUUCGACCAGCUUUGCGACUUCCCCAUAUUUGAGAGCAACUUUGUCCAGGUUACUCGGUUCGGAGAGGUAGCCAACAAGGUGACCAUGGGUGUGGCAGCCACCAGCCCGGCCCUGGAACUGCCCGACAUACUGUUGCUGGCCGGGCCUGCCCCGGGGAAGGGGGGCCUACAACUGUUUGAGCUCAUCCCCCUGAAGUUUGUGGAACUGUACAUCCAUGAUGAGAAACGUCAGCAGCUGAAGGUGAAGCUGUGGUCCGGCCGCACCUUCUACCUGCAGCUCAGGGCUCCGGCCUCCGAAGACCAGGAGUUUGGCCACUGGGUUCGGCUGCUGUAUCGACUUCGCUUCCACUCAGACACAAGAGUGCCCUUCACCCAGGCCCCCAGCCCCAAGGCAGAGGAGGAAGGGGCCGUGAUAACAGAGGAGAGGUGAAGGCCAAGACACCCCACCUCUCCAUUCUGUGGAGACUCGGUGUGAGAUGCUGCUGUCCCUGUUACUACACCUCCCACAUGGAGCUCAGACC